GGUUUUUCGAAAUAGGUUGCAAUACUCAUUAUUCCAUCGAUAUGUAUUGUUGCGCGUAUUAUGGUAUUGGCGCUGCACCCAAUAAAUUAAUGUCGGUGCGACUCCACCUCGCUUAGGAUUUCUAGUUCAUUUCCUCAACCUUCUAAUGGCUCUUUCAGGGUCCAAGGAGUUCGUCGAUAUGCUGCUAGCUCGGGAAUUUACAAGUGCUGAUGAUCAGGUACUUAUUAUGAAUGGUUGUGAUGUUAGUGGACAUAGUUUUAAAGAGAAUGGUUUCGCAAAACCCGUUUUAGUACGAUCAAAAGACGGUCUAAGAAUUAAGGUCCCGCUAGACUCAUUCUCUCAUACAGAUUUAACCAGGUUUAUAGAUCCUAGUAUUCAGGUUGAUGUCAUCGAUGUUCGUCAGCAAGUCGAGAUACAAAUGACGCUCCAAGAACUGGUUGACCACUUUUCCUCACCUCGUCGACAGGUAUUGUUAAACAUGCUGAGUCUGGAGUUUUCAAGAACCAGGUAACAUAUGUUGUCUUUACAUUAAAAGUAGCCUGGCAAAGUUUGUACAUCCUCCGCAUGUCGUUUCGGAACUUAGUCUUGUCACAACCUGUUGGCCGGAAGAUGACCCUAACGACCUUAAAGAUGUCGAAUUUAUCGGCGAGACUGCACCAACUGUCCAGAAAUACUGUCUUUUAAGUAUGAAAGGCAGUUAUACUGACUUCCAUAUAGAUUUCGGUGGAUCAUCUGUCUGGUACCAUGUUAUGUGGGUAGGUUUUUCUAUUCAGAGUGAGGUCUAUGAGCAUAGGGUGAAAAAGUGUUUUACUUGAUGCCGCCUACACCCGAAUUCGUUUCUGCUUAUUGGCGAUGGUGUAUGAGCAGCGAUCAUAGGGCGACAUUCUUCCCAGACUUUGUUGCUAGUCUUCGGGAGAAAGAAUCGACUAGUAACGUAAAUAGACCCACAGUUUACUGCCUUCACAUUUUACCCGGCCAAACAAUCUUCUUGCCAUCUGGUUGGAUCCACGCUGUUUACACGCCUUCUGACUGUCUAGUUUUUGGAGGAAAUUUCCUGAGUGGAUUGCAUGUAUCUAUGCAGCUCAGGUAGGUUACUGAAAUAUAUUUAAAUGAUCUUAUUACUUGCUUCAUAUUUUAACUGUGAUUAAUUAUUGUUUCAUAAAAGUUAAGAUGGUUAUAUUUUAGGACGUUAACUAUUCACUUCGGUUUUAAAAUAAUAAAAUGGGGUUUAGUGACGUAAUUCUGAACUUGUUAUUGGUCAGCAUUGAUUAUUGUACGGUCCCAAUGCUGGAUAUCCAUGCCGAUAUAUUGUCUGGGAUUCUGCGCAAAAAAUUAGGAUUAUACGUGCUAGACAAUUGUCCCACUUCAUCUGGCAUUGUCUAAUGUAUGGUUCUGUUAGGAUUUUAUUUUAAAAGAUAACGAGUUUAUAAAGUCAAUUAGUUAACAUUUUCUGGGGAUUUAUAAACUUCGUGAGUUAUGGAAAAUUUUUGACUUGUUUUUACACGCUAUUCAUGAAACAAGUACACAUUUGACUACUGUGAUCUAAAUCACGGUGUCAGCAAAGUAUUUCGCAGCUCCCCGUAUCGAUGCAGUGUAGCCGAGGUCAGGUCUCAAUAAAAAUUCAGAAUCAUUUUUGUUUUUUGACAGAGAUCAACUCGAUUUAAGUCCAAGAUAAAUGUAAUCCCUGUGUUCGAUUUUCCUUUAAAUGAUUGGUUUACUAAUCCUUGAAAUAUAUCACAGCUACCCAAUGUCUCAACUUUCCAUAUAUGUGGAUAUACAGAGUUAGGUUUAACAAGAACAACACUAUUUUGUCUUGCCGAUUUAGUAAGGUAAGGUUAGUUUUCAGUUUAUUCAACUUCAUAGCAAUAUCCUAGUUUCUUGUAUGCGAUGGAUAUUAACCAGCCAUAGUGAAAAACCGUUUUGUCCUGUGGCUAGAUAUUAUACUGUUCAAAAACUGUUAAUGACAAGAGGUGAGUAACAGCAAUCAUCCCGACUUUUCGACGAAUUACUUAAUCAUUUUGCUGCUCUGCCCAACUCGUGGUCACAUCAUAUUAUGUCUUGAUUCUUAGUAAGUUUGGUCGAUUUUAGCAGGACUUGUUCGUCAUAUUUGAGUUCCAACUACUUUGUAAGAGAUCUGAACGAAAUGUCAAUCAAAGCAUUUUUUUUUCAAGCGCUUAUUGAAUUGUCUAGACAAAUAUCAUACUAAAAACCGUUGCGUGAUAUUCAUCUUUAAGAUGAACACCUAGUCAUUUUGUUGCUUCACUGAAAACAUAAGUCUGUAUUUACGGGUUGAGAUUUUAUUUGGUACAUUUAGUUGUAGACAGUCACUGACAGCCGAUGACAUAGUUCUAUUUGGUGAUGACGCUGACAAAAUACAAUCUUCUGACCACUCUAAGGAACAAAGCAGGCAUGUUCGGAAUGCGAUUCCCCCCCUCAAAAUGCAAAAUGUUGCUUCAGGACUGGGUGGCAUCGACACCCGAACCAAUGAUAGGGAGUGAAGUAGUUGAGCGUGUCGAACGAUUCACUUGUCUUGGAAGUCUCAUCAGCCCUUGUAGUCUGGUGUGUGAAGAAAUCUCAGCACGGAUACAGAGGGCUCAACUAGCUUGCGUCAUUUAUGGCGUAGGUGAGAUAUCCGUCUACCAACCAAAGGAUGGGUUUACUGCACAGCAGUUCGUUCCUUUCUACUUUAUGGCUGCGAAAUAUGGCCGAUAAGAGUAGAGGAUAUUCGUAAGUUACUAGUAUUCGAUCAUAGAUGUCUUCGAAGCAUUGAUCGUAUAUCCUGGGACCACCGAGUAAGUAAUUCAGUUGUUAGGAAACAGGUACUAGGUAAUGAUGGCAAAGCAAUUGAUGAGGCAGUGAAACUUCAUCAGUUGGGAUAGCUGGGACACGUGUUACGUAUGCCUAACCAUCGACUACCCCGACGUGCCAUGUUUCAUGGUGUAGAAGUGGAAUGGAAGAAAACUAGAGGCGGCCAAACCAAAACAUGGCACAAAUCCAUGAAGUUGCUGACAAGUGGACUGAGCCAUGUUGGUAGGUGUAGACUACCUGGUUGGGAUCCGCGAAAUGAUAGCAAUCGAUAGUUAGAGACCUUGAAUGACAUGGCUCAAAAUCGUUUGCAAUGGCGCAGGUGCAUCCAUUCUUUGUGUUCUCCCAAAUUCUAAUUUUCUGAAUUCUUCAUGUCCCUUUUUUCCUCUUCCCAAAUUUAUUUCACUGGACUAUACUCUUUGAACAAAAUCUUCAAACCCUAAUCUUUCCGAUUACUGCUUAUACUCUUACUACCUUUACCACUACGGGAUUUGAAUUGACAAUUGUAUUUCUGUGCUAAUGUGGUAUGGCAACUCGAACUGAUGUACGUACGUACGAAGUUCUACGUUUUUGCCUGACUUUAGACAGCCACUGUAUUCUGCGGGUUAAGCCAUGGAAAUUGUCUUACCUCCAUGACGUAUAGAUUGUGGUAACACAAUUAAUUUACAACCAACCAUGCUAGAGUUUGGCUAGCAGAGCUUACUGUUUCAUUUGAUUUAAGUUGUAAGUAUUAAAAGUCAAACAGCUUUUGAAGCACUGUUGUAACGAGUCAAGAAAACUAGUUGGAAAUGAAAAUUAUUGAAACUGGGAAAUGUUGGUUGAAACGAACAGUUAUUGAGAAUUGGAAAGAAAUAGUCUGAAGGACGUAGAUAGAUUACGAGUGGCCCAUUAUAUACACUUGGUUCUAAUAUCAUUUGGUUACUAAAUAACAUUUUAUUCUAAUUCUUUAGCUUAGUUUGUGUUGUUAUUACUGUAGAAUUUAUCGCAUGGAACAAAAAUGUAAAACUCCAAUGAAAUUUCUGUUCCCUAAUUUUGAGAAGGUUCACUGGUUCUAUAGCCAAUGUCUCCUGGACAGACUAACUAAUAACUUAACUGAUGGCGAAAAUCCCGUUAUUUUCGAUGUAGAGGCGGCUGAAUGCUUGGCUAAAGUUCUUCCUUUGUGGUAUUCUAAAAGACAUAUGAUGAUGUUACUGCUCUUUUUUAUUUAUUCUCCAUAGAUUUCGGAUUGUUAAAUACCACCGAAUGAUCAUCAUGAAAGGUUUGAAAUCUUAAUUAUAAUAGAAAGUCUAAGUUUUUCACCAUUUAUAAAACUCGAUGUAUAGUUGUGUAAUGCGGUAUAAUUUCUAACAUGUGUUCCCAUAAUCAAUGUAGGAUUUCAUUCAGAAGUUAAUUGGGUACUUGGAAAAUCCAAUUAGGUCUUCAAAAUUGAUAAUAGAAGAAUAUAAUCGCACAGUUUUUGAACGAUGUCAACAACUCCGAAAGCGGACCAUUUAUGGGACAGAAGUGGUGCGUCGCACUUGUGGUUCAGGUGUUCAGAUUCGAAUUUCUAUAUUAUUGGGUCAUAUUUAUACCAAUAAUGUCUUAUGAUGUAAAUUCUAUUGGAACUCGCUUAGAAACAACUUUCCACCGUAUAUCGUUGAGUCUGUUUAUAUUUCUUCAAUCAUCUGGUUUCACCAUUCAUAAGUUUUGUAUUACUUAGUAGUGUCUAAUAAAUUACGGAGUUUACGUCUAUUUAUAUACGUAAGUGCUCAGCUGCACGUACCUGCGCUUUACGGAAUCUCAUCUAAGAUCUCUCGUUUCUAGGUUACACUGCUAGUUGUUAGUACAUAAUGGAGAAAUUUUGUCAAGGAAAAUAUAUAAACAUCUGUGCAGCUAGUUGAUUUGCUAAUGUUCUAAUCAACGCAUAUCAACCAAUAGUAGGAAAUUUGUUGUGACUUUAUGGCCUGCUGGUUAUCACUUAAUCUGUUCGCCAAUAAAAAUACGACUUAUUUGCUCUUAUACUGUACUAAACCAGUGACGUCCGACUGGUAUGAUCAGCCUGGCGUCCUAUUGGCCCGUUGCCCGCCUAGCCCGUCCAGCUGAGUCCAGAAUGCUAAUAGCAGCCUCCACUAUGCGAAUCACUUAUUUCACACAUACUAGGUUUAUAUAUCAACCAAAUAGACCGCAAUGCAUCAUAAAAUAUAAAAUAACUCUCGUACAAAAUAUAGCCAAAGGUGGCUGUGAGCGUGGGAGACAGUAAUUAAUAAACUGAGUAUAACAUAAGAACAGUAAAUUGUACGAUAAUAAUCUAUAGGUCAAAAUGAAGCUUAUAAUAACGGGAAUAUAGAUACAUACAAUCUAGUUACUGAAUAGUUAUACCAUAAGAAUAUAUAAAUAAUAUUAGUCCAUUAAUAGGUCUCAGAAGUUACUUGUAAUUUAAUCCUCACUAGGAUAUAACAAAAUUCUUAGGUAUUAUAUUCUACUCUCGUGUCUUCUCUAACUUCUUGGAGAUAUAAUCAGGGUUUUCUUAAUGCAUAGUUAUCUGAAAUCUUUUAGUUAUGUGACAAUUUUCCCUUCCGUUGAAAGAGUCAUCCCUUAAGAGGUCUAAACAACUUUCCAUUUAAAUGGUAGUAAGCGUCGAAUUUUGAUACUGCUUUUGAAAUCAUAUUGUCUCACCCGAGAAACUGUGGUCUUCACAAAUAAAUAUUUAUUGAAACGGUUAUAGACUGUUAAAUACAAAGUUUUAAAUACAACUGUUGACACUUGUUAUGAUAAAACUAUUUUGUGUAAAAACUGCAGAUUUGUAAUUAUCGGUGUUUUUUCUCAAGAAAUCGCCAGUUUAAGCACCAAUUGUUGUAUAAAUAAGGACAUUCAGUUUUUCAGUCGUAUCAGUGACUGCAUACUUCAUUGUUGGUGUUCAUAGGUUAACCAUAACUUAUGAUUGGGAAGUUUAAAUGGAUCCGUUAUCUAUUUUUCUGGAUCUCGGACCUAUCAAUACCCUAUAAUUUUUCUUCUACUUCAUUGUUUUUAACAAUGUUUUGUGUAUUUUUUUUACCCUAUUAUUUCCCUUACUGUGUUCUGUCGUGAAUUGUAGCAGUUUAAAAAAAGUGCACAAAUUUAUUAUCCAGGUGAUUUAUCAUAUUUGUUUAGAGUAGUAUGGUGAUAGUAUAUAAGUGUUGGUUCUUUCACUUGUACGUGUUUUCCUGACUUUUCUUUAGUUUCCCGUUUUCAUUGAGAAUCAUCUUAUUUUCCCGGUUUUCAUUUAUUUUAAGCUCCCACCAGAAGAAAGAGAUUACUUUCUUCCGAAUCAAAGUCAGUUAGACAUGUUAUGUCCAAGUCUCAUUGAAAGACUGUCUGAGGUCGUAAAUUCAAUAUUAUCACAUUCAACGAAAAACUCAGGUUUUUUAGCAGAUUAUUCCAAAUCAGAGAUAUUUUCAAAGCAUUCCAAAUCUAAUGGACGAGCAAUUGAAAGCUGCUCAAAUGCUAAAGGUAUAGAAUGUUUGAACCGUGAGUUAGGUAAGGAAACUAAAUGGGAACUUAAAGAUAGACAUAUUGGAGGUCUAGGCUGGAUGCCAAAUAGACAAACUUAUUCCAAAAAUUUACGUGAACCAAAGAGCUUGAUAAAAGGAAAUGAGAACGAAAAACAUGUGAUUACUGAUGAUGUAGAUAUCCUUGAAGCACUACCGGGUUUGGAAAAAAGUCGAUUAAUCGGAGACCAUUAUUAUUUGACAUUAAGUGACUCAGAAGGUGAUGAUGGCGACAACGUUAGAAUGAAAUCAAAAGCCGAAUGUUCGCUAACAAAAAAACAGAAGGGAAUAUCUACUCUAUACCAAGCAAGUAGGAAGAGAAAAACUAAGAAUAAUGAUGAUGAUCCAACUUGGAGUAUGCCUAGUCCUACGCGUCGCAGGUUUGGUACAACUGAAUGGAAGUCAAAGAGUUCAAGACUUGUUGUUUCUGAUUUAAAAAGAGAUAAAAAGUCAUUGCACCCUCUACUCAGUGAAGUGAAUCCAUCAUCAUCAGGCUCGAGUGCUUUAAAACCCAGAGAUUCUUCAACAUUGCGUCCGCAUAUGACAGUAAAAACUCAAAAACCACGAACUAAACGCAAUACAACAGUUAGACAACGUCUUGCUAAACGUUUAGGUAUUUAAUUCAUUUUAGCAAAGCAUGGAUGUUAUUUAUUUACAUAUUGUCUAUUUGUAUGCUUAUCAAUUACAAGUUUACUAAUAUUAUUCAAUACUAUCAGUGGUAACUCUAAUUUUAUACUUUUUUCUACCUACAUAUAUAAAGUGAAUUAUUUGGACCGUAUAGAUUUGUAAAAUUUAUUUCCUCUCUACUAACGAUAUCUAUAUACAUGUAUACAUAUACACACUCAAGUUAGCUAUUCUUAUCCGAAUGUAGUAUAAUAUGGUCGUGAUCUAAGAAAUUUUUCGAAUAACUUCAGUUUUAUUACAGUUAUUACUAACUGUAGUAGCGGUAUUACUAUUAACAAGUGCAGCAUACUUAUCAUGCAUACAAUGACCUUUUUUUAACCAUAUUUCAAAUAGUUCUUCUGAGUUAUUUUUUAUUCUUAUUUGUUCACUAAUAAUGCCAUUCAAUUUGUGUCCCAUACUUUUAUCUCCUUAUUUUAGUUAUAUUUUAAAUUUGAGAAAUGUAAACUUUAAUUGCAUUUAUGUAUAAUCAUGCUGAUUAUGAAAUAGUUAAAUAACUGACUGUUUCCCUCCAACUUCAUCCAUUUCUUCGUGUAAUUUCAUUAAUUCCACCUCAUCAUUAUUCACAUAUCUCAUCCUCAUUUUCUCUAGAUCUCCAGGAUCAUUCAUGGAAUAUGUUC